CACGACCUCAUUCGUGUCGUAGGUACCGCCAUAGAUUCACGUUUACAUGGCUAACAAAAUGUUCCGCGACAAGACUGAUGUGACAUUAAUAAGCUUAGUGAAGCAAAACCCUGUUUUAUACGACUACAACAAUCCCAAAUACAUGGAUUUUAAUGCCCGUGAAGUAACAUGGCAGAAGAUCGGCGACGAACUAAAGAGACCGGCUGUCGACUGCAAAAUUAGAUGGAUAAACAUAAGAGAUGUCCAUAGGAGACUUUGGAAAAAGAGACUUUCAGAUCCUAAUAGAUCGUCCAAACCCUACAAAUAUGAGUCACAAAUGGCAUUUAUGAAGGCAUUUUAUAAAGACGUUGCCAUCCCCCUGGACAGUGGUGACUGCGAUUACGAAGAGAAAGACUAUGAUGAAUGGGACAACGAAUCAGGGCAGGAGCAACAAGAGAACAAUAGUGAUUCCUCCGAUGAACCAAUCAAGAAAGUUGCGCGGCGGCGUAAAUCAAAAAGAAAGCAGGAAAAGUCAUCUGACGAGGAGAAACCUACGACCUCCAACUUCGGCGAUACUGGCGCCACUCCAGAACUCGACCCCGCUGACCCGGUUGACGCAUUCCUCAUCAGCAUAGCGUCAACAUUAAAGACUUUCUCACCCUAUCAUUUGAAUUUAGCAAAGAGCAAAAUUUUUGCCGUAGUCCAGGAACACGACUUGGAGCAGAUCAUGCAGAAACAACCAAAAGAUGUUAAGGUUUCAUCUCACGAUAAUAUGUUUUUGAAUGAAUAGAGCAUUUUUGAUUAAAAAAUAUUUUUAAAGAUCCCCCCUCUUAGCUUCUUUUCCCCAAUGCUGGGGUCAUGACAUGAUAAUAUCAAGGCAUCAGUUUUUCUAUAUGGUGUUCCUUCUUUGGUAUCAUUUAGCAGAAUUUAGUGUCUCGACGCAUCGGAUUUAGGUUUGAUGCCGCCUUAGGCCCUGUUUAUCGCGCUGCCCUUAAUGCCAGAAUAAAUUUUAUUAAUUUUAAUCCAAUAUUUUAAUUUUGAGUUUAAAAUAGCAUAUAACAUUUUUCGUCUCUGAAAUUAUGGAAUUUCAAAAAUAUUGCCACCCCUUAAACCAUGCCGCUCUAAGCUCGGGCCUAUCCUUGUCUCCACGACGUUGAUGUUGACAGUAGAGAGGAUCUGGUCUAUCCAGCGCAUUGGAAUAUUUCCUCUUGCCCUCUGUUUUUGAGUAAUGAUUUAAAUGUUCAGUUUCUCCAGUGCAGUGAUCAGUGUGACGUCUACCAUGGUGGGCAGUAUUUUUAUCUUUUGGCUGUCGGUAGGAGCCUUAAAACUGCUUAACAUCAAGUAGUCUGUGACCAGGUCUCCUCAUCUACCCAAAUAUGUAAAGUUGACCAUUACAAACUAAUUUUUAAGUUAUUUGUGAUUUAUUUUAGUUCUAAAGUAUUAUUUUUGAAAAUAGCAUUGAUUAUAAU